AUGCCGCAACAGCCAACAGCCUCGCAAACAGCCGCAACAGCCGCAACAGCCGCAACAGCCGCAACAGCCGCAACAGCCGCAACAGCCGCAACAGCCGCAACAGCCUCAACAGCCUCACAGCCGCAACAGCCGCAACAGCGCAACAGCCGCAACAGCCGCAACAGCCGCAACAGCCGCAACAGCCGCAACAGCCGCAACAGCCGCACAGCCGCAACAGCCGCAACAGCCGCAACAGCCGCAACAGCCGCAACAGCCGCAACAGCCGCAAAAGCCGCAACAGCCGCACAGCCGCAACAGCCGCAACAGCCGCAACAGCCGCAACAGCCGCAACAGCCGCAACGGCCGCAACGGCCGCAACGGCCGCAACAGCCGCAACAUCCGCAACAGCCGCAACAGCCGCAACAGCCGCAACGGCCGCAACGGCCGCAAACGGCCGCAACCAGCCGCAACAGCCGCAACAGCCGCAACAGCCGCAACAGCCGCAACAGCCGCAACAGCCGCAACAGCCGCACAGCCGAACAGCCGCAACCGCCGCAACAAGCCGCAACAGCCGCAACAGCCGCAACAGCCGCAACCGCCGCAACAGCCGCAACAGCCGCAACAGCCGCAACAGCCGCAACAGCCGCACACAGCCGCAACAGCCGCAACAGCCGCAACAGCCGCAACAGCCGCAACAGCCUCAACAGCCGCAACAGCCGCAAACAGCCGUCAACAGCCGCAACGGCCGCAACAGCCGCAACAGCCGCAACAGCCGCAACAGCCGCAACAGCCGCAACAGCCGCAACAGCCGCAACAGCCGCACAGCCGCAACAGCCGCAACGGCGCAACGGCCGCAACAGCCGCAACAGCCGCAACAGCCGCAACAGCCGCAACAGCCGCAACAGCCGCAACAGCCGCAACCGCCGCAACAGCCGCAACAGCCGCAACAGCCCAACAGCCGCAACAGCCGCAACAGCCGCAACAGCCGCAACAGCCGCAACAGCCGCAACAGCCGCAAACAGCCGCAACAGCCGCAACGGCCGCAACGGCCGCAACAGCCGCAACAGCCGCAACAGCCGCAACAGCCGCAACAGCCGCAACAGCGCAACACCGCAACAGCCGCAACAGCCGCAACAGCCGCAACAGCCGCAACAGCCGCAACAGCCGCAACAGCCGCAACAGCCGCACAGCCGCAACAGCCGCAACAGCCGCAACAGCCGCAACAGCCGCAACAGCCGCAACAGCCAUCCUCAACAUCCUCAACAUCCUCAACAUCCUCAACAUCCUCAACAUCCUCAACAUCCUCAACAUCCUCAACAUCCUCAACAUCCUCAACAUCCUCAACAUCCUCAACAUCCUCAACAUCCUCAACAUCCUCAACAUCCUCAACAUCCUCAACAUCCUCAACACCCACAAUCCUCAACAUCCUCAACAAUCCUCAACAUCCUCAACAUCCUCAACAUCCUCAACAUCCUCAACAUCCUCAACAUCCUCAACAUCCUCAACAUCCUCAACAUCCUCAACUUCCUCAACAAACAUCCUCAACAUCCUCAACAUCCUCAACAUCCUCAACUUCCUCAACUUCCUCAACAUCCUCAACAUCCUCAACAUCCUCAACAUCCUCAACAUCCUCAACAUCCUCAACAUCCUCAACAUCCUCAACAUCCUCAACAUCCUCAACAUCCUCAACAUCCUCAACAUCCUCAACAUCCUCAACAUCCUCAACAUCCUCAACAUCCUCAACAUCCUCAACAUCCUCAACAUCCUCAACAUCCUCAUCCCUCAACUUCCUCAACUUCCUCAACUUCCUCAACAUUCCUCAACAUCCUCAACAUCCUCAACAUCCUCAACAUCCUCAACAUCCUCAACAUCCUCAACAUCCUCAACUUCCUCAACUUCCUCAACUUCCUCAACAUCCUCAACAUCCUCAACAUCCUCAACAUCCUCAACAUCCUCAACAAUCCUCACAUCCUCAACAUCCUCAACUUCCUCAACUUCCUCAACAUCCUCAACAUCCUCAACAUCCUCAACAUCCUCAACAUCCUCAACAUCCUCAACAUCCUCAACAUCCUCAACAUCCUCAACAUCCUCAACAUCCUCAACAUCCUCAACAUCCUCAACAUCCUCAACAUCCUCAACAUCCUCAACAUCCUCAACAUCCUCAACAUCCUCAACAUCCUCAACAUCCUCAACAUCCUCAACAUCCUCAACAUCCUCAACAUCCUCAACAUCCUCAACAUCCUCAACAUCCUCAACAUCCUCAACAUCCUCAACAUCCUCAACAUCCUCAACAUCCUCAACACCUCACAUCUCAACAUCCCUCAACAUCCUCAACAUCCUCAACAUCCUCAACAUCCUCAACAUCCUCAACAUCCUCAACAUCCUCAACAUCCUCAACAUCCUCAACAUCCUCAACAUCCUCAACAUCCUCAACAUCCUCAACAUCCUCAACUUCCUCAACUUCCUCCUCAACAUCCUCAACAUCCUCAACAUCCUCAACAUCCUCAACAUCCUCAACAUCCUCAACAUCCUCAACAUCCUCAACAUCCUCAACAUCCUCAACAUCCUCAACAUCCUCAACAUCCUCAACAUCCUCAACAUCCUCAACAUCCUCAACAUCCUCAACAUCCUCAACAUCCUCAACAUCCUCAACAUCCUCAACUUCCUCAACUCCUCAACAUCCUCAACAUCCUCAACAUCCUCAACAUCCUCAACAUCCUCAACAUCCUCAACAUCCUCAACAUCCUCAACAUCCUCAACAUCCUCAACAUCCUCAACAUCCUCAACAUCCUCAACAUCCUCAACAUCCUCAACAUCCUCAACAUCCUCAACAUCCUCAACAUCCUCAACAUCCUCAACAUCCUCAACAUCCUCAACAUCCUCAACAUCCUCAACAUCCUCAACAUCCUCAACAUCCUCAACAUCCUCAACAUCCUCAACAUCCUCAACAUCCUCAACAUCCUCAACAUCCUCAACAUCCUCAACAUCCUCAACAUCCUCAACAUCCUCAACAUCCUCAACAUCCUCAACAUCCUCAACAUCCUCAACAUCCUCAACAUCCUCAACUUCCUCAACUUCCUCCUCAACUUCCUCAACAUCCUCAACAUCCUCAACAUCCUCAACAUCCUCAACAUCCUCAACAUCCUCAACAUCCUCAACAUCCUCAACUUCCUCAACUUCCUCAACUUCCUCAACAUCCUCAACAUCCUCAACAUCCUCAACAUCCUCAACAUCCUCAACAUCCUCAACAUCCUCAACAUCCAUCCUCACUUCCUCAACUCCUCAACAUCCUCAACAUCCUCAACAUCCUCAACAUCCUCAACAUCCUCAACAUCCUCAACAUCCUCAACAUCCUCAACAUCCUCAACAUCCUCAACAUCCUCAACAUCCUCAACAUCCUCAACAUCCUCAACAUCCUCAACAUCCUCAACAUCCUCAACAUCCUCAACAUCCUCAACAUCCUCAACAUCCUCAACAUCCUCAACAUCCUCAACAUCCUCAACAUCCUCAACAUCCUCAACAUCCUCAACAUCCUCAACAUCCUCAACAUCCUCAACAUCCUCAACAUCCUCAACAUCCUCAACAUCCUCAACAUCCUCAACAUCCUCAACAUCCUCAACAUCCUCAACAUCCUCAACUCCUCACAUCCUCAACAUCCUCAACAUCCUCAACAUCCUCAACAUCCUCAACAUCCUCAACAUCCUCAACAUCCUCAACAUCCUCAACAUCCUCAACAUCCUCAACAUCCUCAACAUCCUCAACAUCCUCAACAUCCUCAACAUCCUCAACAUCCUCAACAUCCUCAACAUCCUCAACAUCCUCAACAUCCUCAACAUCCUCAACAUCCUCAACAUCCUCAACAUCCUCAACAUCCUCAACAUCCUCAACAUCCUCAACAUUCCUCACAACAUCCUCAACAUCCUCAACAUCCUCAACAUCCUCAACAUCCUCAACAUCCUCAACAUCCUCAACAUCCUCAACAUCCUCAACAUCCUCAACAUCCUCAACAUCCUCAACAUCCUCAACAUCCUCAACAUCCUCAACAAUUCCACCUCAACUUCCUCAACAUCCUCAACAUCCUCAACAUCCUCAACAUCCUCAACAUCCUCAACAUCCUCAACAUCCUCAACAUCCUCAACAUCCUCAACAUCCUCAACAUCCUCAACAUCCUCAACAUCCUCAACAUCCUCAACAUCCUCAACAUCCUCAACAUCCUCAACAUCCUCAACAUCCUCAACAUCCUCAACAUCCUCAACAUCCUCAACAUCCUCAACAUCCUCAACAUCCUCAACAUCCUCAACAUCCUCAACAUCCUCAACAUCCUCAACAUCCUCAACAUCCUCAACAUCCUCAACAUCCUCAACAUCCUCAACAUCCUCAACAUCCUCAACAUCCUCAACAUCCUCAACAUCCUCAACAUCCUCAACAUCCUCAACAUCCUCAACAUCCUCAACAUCCUCAACAUCCUCAACAUCCUCAACAUCCUCAACAUCCUCAACAUCCUCAACAUCCUCAACAUCCUCAACAUCCUCAACAUCCUCAACAUCCUCAACAUCCUCAACAUCCUCAACAUCCUCAACAUCCUCAACAUCCUCAACAUCCUCAACAUCCUCAACAUCCUCAACAUCCUCAACAUCCUCAACAUCCUCAACAUCCUCAACAUCCUCAACAUCCUCAACAUCCUCAACAUCCUCAACAUCCUCAACAUCCUCAACAUCCUCAACAUCCUCAACAUCCUCAACAUCCUCAACAUCCUCAACAUCCUCAACUUCCUCAACAUCCUCAACAUCCUCAACAUCCUCAACAUCCUCAACAUCCUCAACAUCCUCAACAUCCUCAACAUCCUCAACAUCCUCAACAUCCUCAACAUCCUCAACAUCCUCAACAUCCUCAACUUCCUCAACUCCUCACAAAUCCUCAACAUCCUCAACAUCCUCAACAUCCUCAACAUCCUCAACAUCCUCAACAUCCUCAACAUCCUCAACAUCCUCAACAUCCUCAACAUCCUCAACUUCCUCAACAUCCUCAACAUCCUCAACAUCCUCAACAUCCUCAACAUCCUCAACAUCCUCAACAUCCUCAACAUCCUCAACAUCCUCAACAUCCUCAACAUCCUCAACAUCCUCAACAUCCUCAACAUCCUCAACAUCCUCAACAUCCUCAACAUCCUCAACAUCCUCAACAUCCUCAACAUCCUCAACAUCCUCAACAUCCUCAACAUCCUCAACAUCCUCAACAUCCUCAACAUCCUCAACAUCCUCAACAUCCCCUCACAUCCUCAACAUCCUCAACAUCCUCAACAUCCUCAACAUCCUCACAAUCCUCAACAUCCUCAACAUCCUCAACAUCCUCAACAUCCUCAACAUCCUCAACAUCCUCAACAAUCCUCACAUCCUCAACAUCCUCAACAUCCUCAACAUCCUCAACAUCCUCAACAUCCUCAACAUCCUCAACAUCCUCAACAUCCUCAACAUCCUCAACAUCCUCAACAUCCUCAACAUCCUCAACAUCCUCAACAUCCUCAACAUCCUCAACAUCCUCAACAUCCUCAACAUCCUCAACAUCCUCAACAUCCUCAACAUCCUCAACAUCCUCAACAUCCUCAACAUCCUCAACAUCCUCAACAUCCUCAACAUCCUCAACAUCCUCAACAUCCUCAACAUCCUCAACAUCCUCAACAUCCUCAACAUCCUCAACAUCCUCAACAUCCUCAACAUCCUCAACAUCCUCAACAUCCUCAACAUCCUCAACAUCCUCAACAUCCUCAACAUCCUCAACAUCCUCAACAUCCUCAACAUCCUCAACAUCCUCAACAUCCUCAACAUCCUCAACAUCCUCAACAUCCUCAACAUCCUCAACAUCCUCAACAUCCUCAACAUCCUCAACAUCCUCAACAUCCUCAACAUCCUCAACAUCCUCAACAUCCUCAACAUCCUCAACAUCCUCAACAUCCUCAACAUCCUCAACAUCCUCAACAUCCUCAACAUUCAAAUCAACAUCCUCAACAUCCUCAACAUCCUCAACAUCCUCAACAUCCUCAACAUCCUCAACAUCCUCAACAUCCUCAACAUCCUCAACAUCCUCAACAUCCUCAACAUCCUCAACAUCCUCAACAUCCUCAACAUCCUCAACAUCCUCAACAUCCUCAACAUCCUCAACAUCCUCAACAUCCUCAACAUCCUCAACAUCCUCAACAUCCUCAACAUCCUCAACAUCCUCAACAUCCUCAACAUCCUCAACAUCCUCAACAUCCUCAACAUCCUCAACAUCCUCAACAUCCUCAACAUCCUCAACAUCCUCAACAUCCUCAACAUCCUCAACAUCCUCAACAUCCUCAACAUCCUCAACAUCCUCAACAUCCUCAACAUCCUCAACAUCCUCAACAUCCUCAACAUCCUCAACAUCCUCAACAUCCUCAACAUCCUCAACAUCCUCAACAUCCUCAACAUCCUCAACAUCCUCAACAUCCUCAACAUCCUCAACAUCCUCAACAUCCUCAACAUCCUCAACAUCCUCAACAUCCUCAACAUCCUCAACAUCCUCAACAUCCUCAACAUCCUCAACAUCCUCAACAUCCUCAACAUCCUCAACAUCCUCAACAUCCUCAACAUCCCAACAACAUCCUCAACAUCCUCAACAUCCUCAACAUCCUCAACAUCCUCAACAGCUCAACAUCCUCAACAUCCUCAACAUCCUCAACAUCCUCAACAUCCUCAACAUCCUCAACAUCCUCAACAUCCUCAACAUCCUCAACAUCCUCAACAUCCUCAACAUCCUCAACAUCCUCAACAUCCUCAACAUCCUCAACAUCCUCAACAUCCUCAACAUCCUCAACAUCCUCAACAUCCUCAACAUCCUCAACAUCCUCAACAUCCUCAACAUCCUCAACAUCCUCAACAUCCUCAACAUCCUCAACAUCCUCAACAUCCUCAACAUCCUCAACAUCCUCAACAUCCUCAACAUCCUCAACAUCCUCAACAUCCUCAACAUCCUCAACAUCCUCAACAUCCUCAACAUCCUCAACAUCCUCAACAUCCUCAACAUCCUCAACAUCCUCAACAUCCUCAACAUCCUCAACAUCCUCAACAUCCUCAACAUCCUCAACAUCCUCAACAUCCUCAACAUCCUCAACAUCCUCAACAUCCUCAACAUCCUCAACAUCCUCAACAUCCUCAACAUCCUCAACAUCCUCAACAUCCUCAACAUCCUCAACAUCCUCAACAUCCUCAACAUCCUCAACAUCCUCAACAUCCUCAACUCCUCCGCACAUCCUCAACAUCCUCAACAUCCUCAACAUCCUCAACAUCCUCAACAUCCUCAAUCAUCUCAACAUCCUCAACAUCCUCACAUCCUCAACAUCCUCAACAUCCUCAACAUCCUCAACAUCCUCAACAUCCUCAACAUCCUCAACAUCCUCAACAUCCUCAACAUCCUCAACAUCCUCAACAUCCUCAACAUCCUCAACAUCCUCAACAUCCUCAACAUCCUCAACAUCCUCAACAUCCUCAACAUCCUCAACAUCCUCAACAUCCUCAACAUCCUCAACAUCCUCAACAUCCUCAACAUCCUCAACAUCCUCAACAUCCUCAACAUCCUCAACAUCCUCAACAUCCUCAACAUCCUCAACAUCCUCAACAUCCUCAACAUCCUCAACUUCCUCAACAUCCUCAACAUCCUCAACAUCCUCAACAUCCUCAACAUCCUCAACAUCCUCAACAUCCUCAACAUCCUCAACAUCCUCAACAUCCUCAACAUCCUCAACAUCCUCAACAUCCUCAACAUCCUCAACAUCCUCAACAUCCUCAACAUCCUCAACAUCCUCAACAUCCUCAACAUCCUCAACAUCCUCAACAUCCUCAACAUCCUCAACAUCCUCAACAUCCUCAACAUCCUCAACAUCCUCAACAUCCUCAACAUCCUCAACAUCCUCAACAUCCUCAACAUCCUCAACAUCCUCAACAUCCUCAACAUCCUCAACAUCCUCAACAUCCUCAACAUCCUCAACAUCCUCAACAUCCUCAACAUCCUCAACAUCCUCAACAUCCUCAACAUCCUCAACAUCCUCAACAUCCUCAACAUCCUCAACAUCCUCAACAUCCUCAACAUCCUCAACAUCCUCAACAUCCUCAACAUCCUCAACAUCCUCAACAUCCUCAACAUCCUCAACAUCCUCAACAUCCUCAACAUCCUCAACAUCCUCAACAUCCUCAACAUCCUCAACAUCCUCAACAUCCUCAACAUCCUCAACAUCCUCAACAUCCUCAACCCCUCAACAUCCUCAACAUCCUCAACAUCCUCAACAUCCUCAACAUCCUCAACAUCCUCAACAUCCUCAACAUCCUCAACAUCCUCAACAUCCUCAACAUCCUCAACAUCCUCAACAUCCUCAACAUCCUCAACAUCCUCAACAUCCUCAACAUCCUCAACAUCCUCAACAUCCUCAACAUCCUCAACAUCCUCAACAUCCUCAACAUCCUCAACAUCCUCAACAUCCUCAACAUCCUCAACAUCCUCAACAUCCUCAACAUCCUCAACAUCCUCAACAUCCUCAACAUCCUCACACCUCAACAUCCUCAACAUCCUCAACAUCCUCAACAUCCUCAACAUCCUCAACAUCCUCAACAUCCUCAACAUCCUCAACAUCCUCAACAUCCUCAACAUCCUCAACAUCCUCCUCACAUCCUCAACAUCCUCAACAUCCUCAACAUCCUCAACAUCCUCAACAUCCUCAACAUCCUCAACAUCCUCAACAUCCUCAACAUCCUCAACAUCCUCAACAUCCUCAACAUCCUCAACAUCCUCAACAUCCUCAACAUCCUCAACAUCCUCAACAUCCUCAACAUCCUCAACAUCCUCAACAUCCUCAACAUCCUCAACAUCCUCAACAUCCUCAACAUCCUCAACAUCCUCAACAUCCUCAACAUCCUCAACAUCCUCAACAUCCUCAACAUCCUCAACAUCCUCAACAUCCUCAACAUCCUCAACAUCCUCAACAUCCUCAACAUCCUCAACAUCCUCAACAUCCUCAACAUCCUCAACAUCCUCAACAUCCUCAACAUCCUCAACAUCCUCAACAUCCUCAACAUCCUCAACUUCCUCAACAUCCUCAACAUCCUCAACAUCCUCAACAUCCUCAACAUCCUCAACAUCCUCAACAUCCUCAACAUCCUCAACAUCCUCAACAUCCUCAACAUCCUCAACAUCCUCAACAUCCUCAACAUCCUCAACAUCCUCAACAUCCUCAACAUCCUCAACAUCCUCAACAUCCUCAACAUCCUCAACAUCCUCAACAUCCUCAACAUCCUCAACAUCCUCAACAUCCUCAACAUCCUCAACAUCCUCAACAUCCUCAACAUCCUCAACAUCCUCAACAUCCUCAACAUCCUCAACAUCCUCAACAUCCUCAACAUCCUCAACAUCCUCAACAUCCUCAACAUCCUCAACAUCCUCAACAUCCUCAACAUCCUCAACAUCCUCAACAUCCUCAACAUCCUCAACAUCCUCAACAUCCUCAACAUCCUCAACAUCCUCAACAUCCUCAACAUCCUCAACAUCCUCAACAUCCUCAACAUCCUCAACAUCCUCAACAUCCUCAACAUCCUCAACAUCCUCAACAUCCUCAACAUCCUCAACAUCCUCAACAUCCUCAACAUCCUCAACAUCCUCAACAUCCUCAACAUCCUCAACAUCCUCAACAUCCUCAACAUCCUCAACAUCCUCAACAUCCUCAACAUCCUCAACAUCCUCAACAUCCUCAACAUCCUCAACAUCCUCAACAUCCUCAACAUCCUCAACAUCCUCAACAUCCUCAACAUCCUCAACAUCCUCAACAUCCUCAACAUCCUCAACAUCCUCAACAUCCUCAACAUCCUCAACAUCCUCAACAUCCUCAACAUCCUCAACAUCCUCAACAUCCUCAACAUCCUCAACAUCCUCAACAUCCUCAACAUCCUCAACAUCCUCAACAUCCUCAACAUCCUCAACAUCCUCAACAUCCUCAACAUCCUCAACAUCCUCAACAUCCUCAACAUCCUCAACAUCCUCAACAUCCUCAACAUCCUCAACAUCCUCAACAUCCUCAACAUCCUCAACAUCCUCAACAUCCUCAACAUCCUCAACAUCCUCAACAUCCUCAACAUCCUCAACAUCCUCAACAUCCUCAACAUCCUCAACAUCCUCAACAUCCUCAACAUCCUCAACAUCCUCAACAUCCUCAACAUCCUCAACAUCCUCAACAUCCUCAACAUCCUCAACAUCCUCAACAUCCUCAACAUCCUCAACAUCCUCAACAUCCUCAACAUCCUCAACAUCCUCAACAUCCUCAACAUCCUCAACAUCCUCAACAUCCUCAACAUCCUCAACAUCCUCAACAUCCUCAACAUCCUCAACAUCCUCAACAUCCUCAACAUCCUCAACAUCCUCAACUUCCUCAACAUCCUCAACAUCCUCAACUUCAUCCUCGUCACUCCCCUCGCUACCCCUCUUAUAGUUUAUUUUUUCAUUGCUGCCCAAAAGAUUGUUUUCCGCUGCCUGUCAGAGCAUAAACAACUGACGUCACAGCGGCGCCUGCGGGGCUUCGAGGCCGUCUGGCGGGCCGCGCCACGCGACGGCGGGGCGGCGCCGGGCGGCAUGGCGGCGGCGGUGAAGGCGAGUGCGCGGUGCGCGGAGAACGAGGCGGUGGUGGCGUACCUGCAGGGCCGGCAGCGCGAGCUGUGCGGCGAGUGGGACGGCGCGCUCACGCGCGCGUUCCGCAUGGCCAUCGCGAGCAUCAGCGACCACUCGCAGCCGCUGCGCACCCUCAACGACGCCAGCAAGCUCAGGUGCCUCAACGACGCCAGCAAGCUCAGGUGCCUCAACGACGCCAGCAAGCUCAGGUGCCUCAACGACGCCAGCAAGCUCAGGUGCCUCAACGACGCCAGCAAGCUCAGGUGCCUCAACGACGCCAGCAAGCUCAGGUGCCUCAACGAUGCCAGCAAGCUCAGGUGCCUCAACGACGCCAGCAAGCUCAGGUGCCUCAACGACGCCAGCAAGCUCAGGUGCCUCAACGACGCCAGCAAUCUCAGGUUUCAGCUCGCGUGGCGCCGUGUUCUCAUCUCCCCGAGUUGCACUCGCAUGCCGCGCCCAUGCCCCACUGCCCACGGAACGCCACCCCCGUACCUUCCCCCCGCCCUUUCCUCUCUUCCCCACGUCCUCCUCCCCCCCCCCCCACUCAGGAACGUGGGCCCCGCCAUCCAGCGGCAGCUGAAGGCGUUCUUCGCCACCCACAAGCCCGCCGCCCGCCCCCGCACUCCCACCCCGCCCGCCAAUAGCGCGCUGCCAGCUGGCAGCGACCCGGGUAUGGCGGUGGGCGCAGGGGCGAUGGACAUGGCUCCUGUGGGAGGUGAAGACGUGGCACAUGGCAUGGACCAAUCAGCAGCGGCCAUUCCGGACUCCAUCCCGCGCAAGCCGCCCAAAUACUCGCCCAAGCGCGGCUCAGCCUCCUUCGCCAUCCUCCUCACCCUGCUGCUGGAGAAGGCGAGGGGGCGGCAGGCAGUGCCGGUGGCGGAGCUCAUGGCCGCCUCCAGGGAUGCCAACCUGCUCGCCUCCGUCAUCAGGUUCCAGGUGCCUGCGGACGAGCGCAGCAUGGGGGGGGCGCCACUGCAGCAGUUUGCAUGUGGGUGGAGCAGCAUGGAGACCCUCGCCAAGCACAACCUCGUCGUCAAAACCGCCCACCCGCCCAGCUACGCGUUGUCGGAGGAGGGCCACGGCGUGGCGGUGGACUGCCUGCGCCGCGCCAAGAUGCCGCUGCCCCCCGCCGCUGCCGCUCUGCUGCCAGCAACAGCGGCGGACAGCGGAGGUGCAGCGGUGGGCAGACAGCCACUGCAGUGGUCCGCGCAGGUCCUCAACGACCCCUCCGCCAUGCUCGACCUCCCAGGCAGCAGUGGCGUGGAGGGCGAGGAGGAGUGGCAGGUGCCCCCCCUGGCAGCGGGCGAGCGCUUCUCAGACGCGUAUGACGUCAUCAUCUUCAUUGACAACCGCGACAGCGAGUGCCACGGGCCAGUGUUUGCCAACCAGCUGUCCGCUCAGUUUGGCCUCGCCACUGAGGUGCACGCGCUGCCAGCGGGCGACGCCAUGUGGGUGGCGCGGCACAGGGCGAGCGGGCGGGACUACGUGUUGGACUUCAUAGUGGAGUUCACUCGCGCGCACGACCUCUGGAUGGCCAUCAAGUCCUCCCGCUUCCGCGACCAGCGCCUGCGCCUCCAGCGGUGCGGCGUGCGGCGUCUGUUGUGUCUGGUGGACGGCUCACUGGACGACCUCAUUGCCUCCGACCCCAACCGAGCAGCCAUGAUCUCGGCGGAGAUGGAGGAGGGGGUGGACAUACAGCAGACGGCAUCGCUGCACGACACCAAGCACCGCUACCUCGACAUCACCACCGCGCUCACCCGCCGCUACAACGACGCCGCCAUAGCGCUGCACCUCCACCUGCAGCAGCAGGCGCAGGCGGGCGGUGUGCCCCCGUCGCCCCCUCCACCCUGCCCACUGUACGGCGAGUUCGUGGCGACGUGCCGCUCCGUGCAGUCUGACUCCGUCUGCAACCUCUUCGGCCACCUGCUGCUGCAGGUGCGCUCGGUGUCAGUGGACACGGCCAUCGCAGUGCUGCGCCGCUUCCCCUCACUCCGGGCACUCGUCAACGCCUACCAGCUCAUGGAGGGCAACCCAGAGGGGCAGGCAAUGCUGCUGACGCGCAUAACAGUGAAGGGGCGGCGCAUAAGCGAGGCCAUCAGCCGCAAGGUGUACGAGAUCGUCUGGACCUAG